CGUUAGCGCAUACGCAUUCGUCCACGCGCGCACACGGACGGGACGAGAGCGUUCAUCAACUUCUUCGCGGAGGCGCGCAAUCAACUCUCCAUCGCACACACACACAUAUUGCUGUACACGUAAACGUAUAUAAUAUAUUCUCCCAACAGAAGCAGCAGCCGCGCGCCGCCGACAAUAACGUCCCGUCGAUCACGCUCGCCGGUCGUCCACAUAAUAAUAAAAUACUCUGCCGCUCUGCCGCGCGUGUGUGUGUGCGUGUGCUCAUCGUCGCCGCCGCCGCCGCCGCCGCCGCCGUUGUCGUCGUCGUCGUCGCGGUCGUCUCGCCGGACCUUACUCGCUCGACGUCAUCCCACCACUACACACCAUCAUCUACCGCCACACAAUCGUCGCCGCCGCCACAACAACCACCACCACCACCACCACCACCACUACCUCCACCGCCACAUCCACACCGCAACCACCACCGCAUCAUCGCCACAACCGCCACCACGUUAGAUAUCCUCCACACUGCUGUGCAAUAACCGUUAUCACCACCAUCACCGCUGCCUGUACCUAUCCUCUCGAGUACCCGUUGGAUGGCUAGCGGCCGCCAAACGUAACGGCAGCCGAAAUUCUUGUUCCCGUCAGACCUCCGUACUGCAGGAUAAUACCUACUACGCGACCCAUCCGGUUCCAGGUCAUUUAGGAUAAGACUGCUGCAGCCAUCUCCAUCGUCACCACCACGAGAACCACCUCCACGACCACCGCCACCGAAACCGGAACCGCUAUCAUUCGGUAGAUCAACUACUGCAGCAUCACUUAGCGUACACGCAAUCGGACGUUUACAAACCAACAGUCAAUCAAAGUAACUCGAAUAAUCAAGGAUUACAGGGAUUUCAACGAAAGGACCAAAUGGACGCCAAAUCGAAAGAUGACUCCAAUAUCAGCCUUACACUUCGGCUAAUAAUGCAAGGAAAGGAAGUUGGUAGCAUAAUAGGAAAAAAAGGAGAAAUUGUCAAACGGUUCAGAGAAGAGUCUGGUGCCAAAAUCAACAUAUCUGACGGCUCUUGUCCAGAGAGAAUAGUUACCAUAUCAGGAUCUACUGAAGCCAUCUACAAAGCAUUUUCUUUAAUAUGCACAAAAGUUGAAGAGUUUAUUGAAAUGCAAAAUGGCAAAACUGGUGCAACAGCUAUUGGAAAAUGUGGUAUGACCCUCCGGCUAAUUGUUCCAGCAUCACAAUGUGGAUCUUUAAUUGGGAAAGGUGGUAAUAAAAUCAAAGAAAUUAGGGAAGCUACUGGAGCACAAAUACAAGUAGCUUCAGAUGUACUUCCUCAAUCUACAGAGAGAGCGGUUACAUUAACUGGUACGAGGGACUCAAUAACGCAGUGCAUAUUUCACAUUUGUGCAGUUAUGGUGGAAUCACCUCCUAAAGGUGUUACAAUACCUUAUCGUGCAAAACCUCAGAUGGGUGCACCAGUCAUUCUAGCUGGAGGACAAGCAUUUACUCUAGCAAGUGCAGGAUCCGCGGCAGGUUGUGAUGUAGGCACCAUGAUGGUAGGUGGUGGCCCAUAUAACGCUCCAAUGCUUAUGGUUCCUCCAUCGCCUGGAGCAGCAGCAAGUCUAGGCUUAAUUGAUCCACUUGACUACCCCCUGCUUAAAAAUGCAUUUGGACCUUCACAAUUGGGGAAAUUGACUGGAAAUCCGUUAGCUGGUCUUGCGGCACUUGGACUUGGAAGUUUGGGAGGACCUGCGAAUUCAUUUAAUCCAGCUGCAUUGGCGGCAUUAGCUGGUAGCCAAUUAAGAUCUAAUGGUUCUGGAGCCAAUAUUAAUAGUAGAUCUGGUGGCGGUCAACAAACUCAUGAAAUGACUGUACCAAAUGACUUAAUUGGUUGCAUCAUUGGCAAGGGAGGUACUAAAAUCGCUGAAAUUAGGCAAAUCAGUGGAGCAAUGAUCCGGAUCUCAAACUGUGAAGACCGUGAAGGAAGUGCCAGCACGGAUAGGACCAUAACAAUAACUGGAAAUCCUGAUUCAGUGGCUUUAGCUCAGUACUUAAUCAAUAUGAGGAUAUCUAUGGAGACUGCUGGACUAGCCUUGCCCGGUUAUCAUUAUGUAUCACCUAAUCACAUUGUCAAGUCACCGAUUCAUUAAAUCAAUGUAGAAAAAGAGAUCAGUUAUACAACAUUUGGGCAUUGGAAAAGUAAAAUGAUAAUGAACAUCAAAAAUAAGGUAUUAUAUAUUUAUUCAACGAUGAUGAUAAAAUUUUCCUGUAUUAAUAGGUUAUUAACUCAUAAAUUAUAAUUAAUCUUUUGUAUUAUUAUUAUUAUUAUUAUUAUAGUUAUUAUUUGUUUAACUAUAGUACUCAUAUUUAAUGUUUUGUUUUAUUUUUAUUUUUUAAUCUAAUAUUAGCGUUAAUGUUUUCAAUGUUAAAAUCGAAUAAUUAUUAUUAGUUAAGUUAAGUAUGCGCGUUAUAACUAUUAUAACUGUUCGUGUUUAUUUUUUGAAUUGUAUUAUUUGUUUAGUAUUCUAUUGGUUAAUUUUUAAGUUGUUAUUUUUUUCCGUUCAUACAUUUUGUUGCUAAUAUUUUGGAAUCGUAUCAAAUGUUUUUAUUACACAAUUGAGGAUUAGUUAAUGUACAAAUAGGCACUAAUAUUUAAACUGUUCUUGAGUGUCAAUAGAAUCAGUAAUUCUUAUUUUUGCUGACAAAAUGCAUUUCUGCAAUUUUUUCCAGUUAAAGCAAUAUCUACAAUAAAAUAAUUUAAUAAAAAAUGAAUAAAAAUAUAAUAUUCUAUAGUAAUCGUAUACAGGGUGAGUCGGAUAAUAGUUUAGAACUUAUCCAAUUAUAUGGACACUAUAGCUAAAUCCAACUGAGUAUACAUGAAUUAAUUAGGGUAAACACGAUUUGGUAACUAAUUUGAUUUUUUUGAGCAAUGGUCAAUUGUCGUCCAGUCUCAGUGCCGAAUAACAUUAGUGUUAUUCAGUUACUACAUAAGUUCUACCGUCCCACCCUGUAUAGUUUCCUAUAAUAUAAUUGUGUUAACUUCAAAAUUUCUGAUCUACUAUUAAAUGCUUAUAUAUAAUAGGUUAAUAAAAUCCACAAUAAUCAAUUACUUAUGGCACAAUACAACUUAGGAUAUUAUGUUGUAUUUUUAGCUUGCCGGUAUUUUAAAUCAAAAAAUGAUCGGCAAAAUAAAUUAAUAUAAUGCCAAAAAAAAAAGUAAUAAUAAUAAUAUAAAUACAUUUAAAAAACAAGCCAUAUUUGCUGGUUAAUCUGUGAAAAUAUGUGCCAAAUACCAAAAUUAUAUAUAUACGUAUAUAAUAUAUUAUAUAUAUAUAAUAUUUUAAGGUGUAGCAAUAAUAAAUAAUAUAUUUUAUGAAAAUUAUGAAUUAAUGACUUUACUGGCAUUAGUACAUAUAUUAUAAUAUAGGGAUAAAUAUAAUAUUUUCCGAUAGAUCAAUUUUAUUUAGAAGCUUUAAACAACAUAAAUGCUAUUUAAAUAUAUCUCUCUUAGACGCACUCUAUUCAUUAGUAUAAUAGCAUUACGCUAAUUAUAAAUAUAAACGUUUUCUUUUUUAUAUAUUAUUUUUUAAAACAAGUUUAUACAGACACCAAAGUCUUACCAAUAUGAGGUACGUAAAUUGUACACUGUGUCAAAACUCAAAGGACAAAGGCGAAAGGGUAUGCCAUCGGGGGCAAAUAAAAGGUUAGUGAAAAUAAAUACAAACUUAUCGUCAAUAUAUAUUCUUGGCGCGCACAAUUUUUUUUAUCUUCAAUACAAGUUAUGUUUUAUUUUAUUUUUCAUUCAAAUUAUAUAAAUUUAGUUAAUUAAAAAUAUUUUUUGUAAUGUAUUCUUGUAGUUUAAUAUAUAUUUUAUUAUUUUUUUUUCAUAAACUGAAAACAAAUAAAGUGUGAUAUAAAAAAUUAGUCAGGGACGCAUUAACUUUGGUAUCUUGACCCAUAGGUCGAUGAACGAAAUGCAAUACAUAUUAUAUUUUAAUAGAUUUUCAUACAGAAUGAUUUCGAUAAUGUUGUAGCAAAUAGCUUGAAAUUUCUAAUAAUUGUAAUAAACAUUUAAAAAAUUUAAGUAAUUUUAUCUAACUUUUAAAAUUUAGAAUAUUUUAACAAUAAUUAAUAUAAUAUCGUUUAUUAUCAUAAACAUUAGAGACAAUCAUGAAUUUUUAUUUUAGAUAUUACAUAAAUUUUUUGGUAGCCACAUAAAAAAUUUGAAAACAUAUUUAAUUCGCAAUAUUUAAUGAAAAACUGGUUUACGAUCAACAUCAUUUUUGGGCGUAAAUAAUUAUCAUCUAAACAGUAACCGUUGAUAAAAUAUACGCAAAUGCAUCAUUUUUUUUUCUUUUUUUUUAAAUGUUUAUGUACAAGAUAAUAUAUGCAUUUUAUAUUUAUAAACAUUUAUAAACCUAUUUAAAGUAAAUUAAGCGCGUGCUAAAAAAAUAAUAAUAAUAAAAUUUUUUGUGAAACACAAAAAGGGUAAGAAUUGUUUUUAUAAUAUGUAUAAAUAGAUGUAUACAUAUUUGUUUUGUUUGAUCUCAUUAAAUUAAUUACAAAAAAAAAAAAAAACAAUAUUCACACAGAAAUGUAAGAGAAAUUAUUAUUUUAUAAUUAUUAGUUUUGUUAUUAUUUAUCUUGAUUUUUUAUUUCAACAAAAUAAAAUAAAACCAUAUUUGAGAAUCUAACAUAUCCCAAACAGAACCCAACUAAGUGAUGAAGAUUAUCACAGAUAAAUAGCAUAUCGCGUAUACCAGCAUAUCCAUUUUCCGCACACGACCAUAUCAUAACAAAUCGAGUGAAUUUGUUUUUUUCCUAAUUUGUUUUGUGCCCUAAUUUGAUCAAUCUAGCGCUGUCUUUAGGAAUCGAAAAUAAAAUUGGAAAACUUACAAAUCACUGUUACCUGAUGCCAGCAGUUAACAAUACGAUGAUAUAUAUGAUUAUUGUAAACCAAAUUAUUUUAUCACCAAAACAUUAUUUAUUAUUGUAUUAUUAUAUUAUUAUUAUUAUUAGUCGUAGUACUGUUAACCACCUAUUAACCAUAAUAAUUAUUAGAUUAUAUUGAUUGUAUACCUAGUUAUUUUAGUUAGACACUUAAGUUUUACUGUUUUAAGGAUAUUUACGUUAAUCCAGUAGUUUAAGUAUUAUUAUAAUUAUAAUUCCUAGAAUUUGGUUUUUCUAACCUUUCAUAAAACUCACUCUCUCUCCUCUUUUCUCUCUUCUUUCUAUCAAACCCUCUCUCACUCAUCUCACUCAUACUCUCUCUCUCUCUCUCUCUCUCUCUCUCUCUCUCUCUCUCUCUCUCUCUCUCUCUCUCUCUCUCUCU